GAAAGUGCAGGAGGUCCCCCUCCUUCCAUCUUUGGAUUAUGAGAAGUUAAAGAAAGACCUGAUCGACGGAAGUGACCGCCUCAAGGCUUUCUUGCUACAGGCCUUGCGUUGGCGUUUGACAACUUCCCAUCCGGGCGAACAGCGGGACACGGUUCUGCAGGCUUAUAUCAACAACGAUCUUUUGGAUUGCUACAGUAACGGCCAGAGAAGCUUCCUGAUGCUGAUCCAGUCCAAGUGCGAGGUCGUUCGCCAAUACACCGCCAGGCUCAUCAAUGCGUUUGCCUCCUUGGCUGAAGGCCGGCUCUACCUUUCCCAGAAUCCCCGGCUGCUCCGGAUGCUGGAAGGAAGGUUGAAAGCGGAAGAUAAGUACUCCCUUACCCGGGAGAACGUCCUGGGGGCUCUGCAGAAACUCAGCCUCAGGCGGGCUUUGCAGUCGGCGAUGGUGAAGGAUGGGCUCAUCCCGUGGUUGGUGGAGGCCCUGAAGGACACGGACUCCAUGUCUGAUUACACCCUGGCCUACUCGGUGGCUUUGCUCAUGAACCUCUGCUUGCGGAGCUCAG